UACUUUCAAAAUCGAUGUACAUAAACCUAUCGGUUUUCUAUUUUAACAAUUUUCAACACUUUUUUAAAACGAUUCUUUGAAUGUGUAGAAAACUUGAAAGACAUUUCAUUUUUUAUAAGUAAAUAUUCGAAAUGUUUUUCUCAAAAACGGUUUAUUUAAUUUUUACGAUUUUAACUGUAAAAAUAUUAUUGUCGAAUGCGCAGAAUAUGCAAUGCAACGCUGCACACGGUGCGCAUGGUGCUGCCAAGUAUCAGGAGUACAUUGAGGGUUUGCUCAAAUUGAAAGGUAGAAUGAUAUCCCAUGCCAUGAAGAUGCUACUUAAGAAAGAGGAUGAAGAAUACGAUAAUCAUGGCAAAGGUGGCGGAGCAGAGGAAGAACAUUUCAUUGAUCUCGGCAGUCAUCCCAUUGCUACGCCGCGUACUCUACACGCUGAAGACUUUACAAUGCCACCGAAGGAGAACACCACUUGCAGCACAACAACCGAAAGAGAGAUUGUAACGUGGGCUCCCACCACACUUUCGCAAUAUCAUAACGUGAAAUAUGGUAGCAGAGGCAGGGAUCGCGAAGAAGAAGCGGCAACACGAAAACAUGCUUCGGAUGCGGAUGAAGCUACAACCGAACGUUGUGUAAAUGAAAUGAAAAGUGGGCAUGGCGGAAAUGAGCAUAGAGAGGAAAACCGAGAUGAGGAUAAUACGACGAGGAAACAUGGGUUAGAAGACGAAGAAGAAGCUACGCAUCGGCAUCAUCAUAAAGGUAAACACGAUGAAGAAAAUCGUGAGGAAGAACAGCAUACGACAAGAAAACAUGAUUCCGAAAACGAAGAAACCGUAACAGAACGACACGACAAUAAAGCGAAGAACCAGCACAGAGAUGAAGACCACGAUGAGGCAACAACGACAAGAAAAAGUGAUUCAGAAGUCGAAGAUGCUAAAAAGGGUCACAACACAACAAAAGAUGAACACAAAUCUGAAGAUCGUGAGGAGGAAACGAAAAAGAAAUCCGAUUCAGAAAAAGAGGAAGAGUCUACGCAACGCAGCCACAAUAAAACGAUGGAAAACAGUGAGGAAGAAAUGGUUACAAGAAAAGAAGAAUCUAGCACUAAAAUAAUUUCUUGCACUUGUAAUCGGGGGGGAAUGGAAACUACCAAAGGCGGUAAUGGAGAUAAGGAUUCUGAAGCAAGAAAGCACGGCGAACAUGAAACAAGUAUCGAAAGACCGCACUCAAAAUCGAAAGAACACUCCACAAAAAACGAAGGGGAUGAGUUAGUAAAAAAAAUUGCUUUGCAACUCUUCAAAUCACACGUCUUACAUAGAAACGAAACAACGACAGAAAACGCAGAGGAAGAACAAACCGGAGACAAAACUACCGAAAAUGAGGAAACAGAAGAGGAAUGUAGCGAAAGCUCAGAAGAAGAGUCAGAGUGUGAAGAUGAAAGUGAAGAAGGCGAAGAAAACGAAACAUGUGGACCCGAAGAGGAAGAAGUAUCUAAUCCACCACCCGAUAAGCAAGAAUCUGCAACAUCUGAAACCAGGAAACAACAGAAUGACACGGAAGUAGAACAAGAAAAACAGGAGCAUAACGAAAAAAUAUCAGGGCCGACCGUUGAGACCAAUACUUUUAAACAUCAUAUCCAGCUGCUUAUACUCAAACCGUUAGGCGAUGGUUACACUACAUGUGGACCUGAUGAAGAAGAAAUCACAGAACCAGCUGGGCCACACACCACCUGUGGACCUGACGAAGAAGAAAUUACAGAACCAGCUGGGCAACAUACCACAUGUGGACCUGAUGAGGAAGAAAUCACAGACCAGGCUGAGCCACACACCACCUGUGGACCUGAUGAAGAAGAAAUUACAGAUCCAGCAGUGAAGGCGGCAGAUCAUGAAACGCACACCUCGAAACCGAUAAACCGCUACAAUGAGGGUGGUGCCAUACAAAUACUUUAUACUAAUGCAACAACACCAACACCAAGUGCACCAACCGAAAGACCUGUAGACAUUACCGCAACGAAUGACACUUCAUUCACAACGCCUACCUCAAUUGAAGCUUAUCCAACGAUGUGCUUUCCAAUAACCGAGCCGCCAGGCAAUGCCACGCUGGAGGCAACAACACCAGUCUCGUCUCAAAAUGUACCGCCUUCAAACGAUACGCAGGCGGCUACCACGACCGCUUAUCAAGCCGCUUCUAACGCAGUUACACAACCACCAGAGGGUGCUCCAACUCAGACAGUACAGACAACCGUGCCUUCAGUAACACAAUCCCCUGCUGGCGAUACACAGGAAGCAACAACCCAAGCGCAAACGGUCUCUCCUCAAGAAGUCACAACACUCAUGAAAUUACCAAAUAAUCCGCCAGAAGUGACAACUCAAUCCCUUGCUGGAUAUGCGACCAUGUGUUAUCCUGUGACUGAAGCUGCAAGCGCCACAACCGCGAAGCCGCCAAUACUAAUAAAUACGCAGAAACUCCGAAGACACCUAAAGCAUCGUUGGAAAGCCCAACGAGAAUUCCGCGCACCUUCAAUGCGGGCCAAGCUCAGUCGCGUCGUGCGGGAAUUGCGAGAACGUGAGAGUAAAGCAGUUGAUAAAUCUAAAAUGUUGACUUUAGUACAUUACACCGGACAACCACGUUACCAACGAUAUUAUUUGCGUGGUCUCAAAGACUCUGACAGCUCAGAGGGCCGACACAAGAAGUACGAAAGCAACUACUAUCCCGACGAACAGGACGAACCAAAAUAUGAAAAGCGUAGUAAAAACCUACAUUAUCUCGAUUAUAAGGAAGUAAGAGAUGAAGAUCAGUCGGGCAUCUUUGAGGAUGCAAUGAAGGUGAAACUGCCGUUUUGUCCGACGAAACCGCCACCACCACAACCGAUGGCGCAAAAAUGUGCAGGCAAAAAUCACAACAUACAACAUUUUCGACAUAAUCCAACGAAGAAGCCAUUGUCGUUAACGCCACUGGAUCAAUGCAAGAAGUGUGAUGAUGAAAAGAACGCUUCGCCAUAUAUAGUACCCAUACCACACAUAGGUACCGGUUCGAACGAUGUUUGUAAGGUACCAGAUGACGCUGAUGACUUUCGCUUCGACACCGAUUUUGGCGACAAAAAUAAGUUUGACACCGACAAGGGCUGUAAUGAUUUCGGUAUAGAACAAUUUACGAAGAAGAGUCAAGCUCAAAUUUCGUUAGAAAACUUUCGCAGACAAGAACAAGCUGACCCCAUUCAACAGAAACUGAGUUUUAUGGGCCGCUUGUUGGGAAGAAACAAUAAUUGUGGGAGCACAAAAGAGGCUUCGAAUGUUAAAGCAUUACCGACUGCAACACCUGCUAAGGAACCAACAGAAAGUAAAGCAAAAAGCUUUUUUUCACUACAAAAACUCUUUAGCAAAUGGUUCAAGUCAAAACCAAACUGUGACCGUUGUCAUCAAAAGGUAAAAUUGAAGGAUAUUCUACAACACAAAGAUUCUAUAAAGCGUUUGAAGGGCGGCACCACUAAGACCAAACGACAAAAAAGUGAACAGUUCCGAAAUAUAAGACAUCAGAGGCGAAAUAACGAAAUGCGUCGACAACGUCAUAAAGCCGACUUCGGGUCCAAGCUACGCAGGCGACGUACAAAUAAACGCAGCAAUAAUUUAUGCAAAAUCAAUGCAAAGAAAGCAGCUAGAGACCACUUUACGGAGCACAGAAAGCAACGACGACAUGCACUUAUGCGACGUCCACGCCGCACGAGCUUUUACGAGCAGUCGAAUAGUCAAAUGAAUUGGCGAACUGAUGAUGUGCCGGAUUUACCGCAGAGCUGGAAUGAAAAUUUCGAAAGUGAUGCUUAUAAUAUUUUUUGAUUGGCGAUUUCUUUGAGUAUUUCUAAUAUAUUUCGUAAAUAAUUUUCUCAAUUAAUAUAAACUAUAAAGCUGUCAGAUAUUUUUUGGUAAAAUAGUAAAUUAUAUGCAAAUAAUGUUUAAUAAAUAUUAUCAGCAUUCCAUUAAGUAUACUGUUGUGGAUUGUAGU